AUGUCUCUGAACUCCACUGCCUUCUCCCACCCUCCUUAUUUCCUUCUCAUUGGCAUCCCUGGGCUGGAGAAGGAGCAGUUCUGGAUCGCCUUCCCCUUUGGCAUCAUGUCUGGCAUCGUCCUGCUGGGGAACAUCUCCCUGUUCCUCACCAUGAGGGCAGAGCCCAGCCUGCAUGAGCCCAUGUACCUCUUCCUGGCCGUGCUGGCCUUCAUGGACCUGGUCCUGUCGACCUUCACACUGCCCACAAUGCUUGGCAUCUUCUGGCUGGGCUCGGGGCAGGUUGGGUUUCCCUCUUGCCUCACUCAGCUGUUCCUCAUCGCGGUGGAGUGGGGGGUGCUCGUGGCCAUGGCCUUGGAUUGCUGUGUUGCCAUUUGCUGCCCGCUCUGGCACUCCAGCAGCCUCUCAGUGCCUGUGGGGGCCCUGGAGAGCCUGGUGUUGGUGUGGGGGGUCCUCCUGGUGAGCCCCACGAGCCUCCUCCUCCACAGGAGGCCCUUCUGCCAGCACCUCUUUGGGCAGGCCAUCCCCCACAUCCACACCGUGGGGGCCAAUCUCUAUCUGCUCGUGCCCCCCACACUGAACCCCACAGUUUAUGGGGUCAGAACCAAGAAGCUCUGGGACAGGGUGGUCAUCACCUUCCAGCACAAGGGAACCUGA